GGUGGAUUUUGAGUGUAGGAAUCAUUUCACAUGGUGACCUUGAAAUAGCCAAAAUUCAAUCCAUGAGAGAUGGCCAACUGUGAUGUUGAAGGAGGUUGUCCCAGCGAUUACAUCGCCGUUGCCGUCUCCAUUCUCGCCAUGAUCAUGCUUCUUAUUCGUUCAAUUUUACCCCUUGCGGUUCACAAGGUUCCUCGUACUAAAGGCAGUGGCUUCUGGCUCCUGAUAAUUCAAAUAGUUGCCAGCUUCAAUCUGCUAUUGUCAAUAGUGAUUUCCGUCAAGUUUGUCAGGUUCAAAAAAAGGAAUUGGUGGCUGUCUUGCUAUAUUUGGGCAGUUUGGUUUGAAGGUCCAUUGGGAUUUGGUCUCCUGAUGAGCUGUCGCAUAGUACAGGCUUAUCAACUGUACCACCUUUUUGUCAAGCGGCAUUUACCUCCAAUCAGCUCAUUUAUCUUACUUCCGGUGAUUCUCUUGCCAUGGAUUGCUGGUGCUGCAUUUAUUCAUACAAGGAAGCCUCUGAACCCUCGAUGCCACAUGAGGAGUCAGUGGACCAUCCCAGUGGUAUGCCUACACAUAUUGUAUGUCACAGCUAUGGUGGGGAUUACGCGGGCUCUUCAGCAUAUUGAGUUCAGGUUCCAUGAAUUCAAAGAUCUCCUGAAGGGAAUAAUUGUCUCCGCAUUCUCCGUUGGAAUAUGGGUCAUUGCUUACAUUUUGAAUGAAGUCCAUGAAGAUAUUCCAUGGCUUCAAGUAGCCUCCAGAUUUUUGCUACUAGUGACAGCAAGUAUUCUUGUACUUGCUUUCUUCUCAAUGUCAAUCUCUCAACCUUUGCUCUCACAAAUGAGCUUGAGAAGAAGGGAACCCCAGGAGUUUGACACAAUGGGUCAGGCUUUAGGUAUACCAGAUAGUGGCCUACUCCGGCAGGGGGGACACACACCAGAAAUAGAUCUUAAUGAACCACUGGAGAAGCUUCUUCUGAAUAGACGGUUUCGUCAAUCAUUCAUGGACUUUGCUGACAGUUGUUUGGCUGGGGAAAGUGCAAAUUUCUAUGAUGAAGUGCAUGAACUUGGUAAAAUACCUGUUGUUGACUCUGUACGAAGGGUCUACAUGGCACGACACAUUAUUGAGAAAUACAUAGAUACUGGUGCAGCGAUGGAAGUGAACAUCUCUCAUCGAACCAGACAAGAGAUUCUGGGUACUUCUGAUCUGGCACACCUGGAUCUCUUUAAUGGUGCAAUAAAUGAGCUGGUUCAGCUGAUGAAAAUGAACUUAGUGAAAGACUAUUGGUCAUCCAUGUUCUUCAUGAAGUUCAAAGAAGAAUCUCAAACAAAAUCAGAGGACCAUGAGCUCAUGGAGCAAGUGAUUGGGUGGGACAGCUCUCCUAGGGUUAGCUCUGUUCAUGCUGCUGAUGAUCCCUUUCGCCAAGAACAUCCCUCAAGAGGCUCUGGUUGCUAGUGCAAUAUUCUCGACUGAGACACAUCUGAAACCAGGUGCUUCACUUAAUGGAGGUCUCUUGGAUCACAUAUGUAUGUAGUCUUAUUGAGGCUACCUUGGUGCCCCACCCCCACCCCAAAACCCCCCAACCCACCCAAAAAAAAAAAAAAGAAACCAGUUUGUCUGGUGAGCAAUGUGAUGACAGAAGGAGAUGGAAUUGGCGUGAAAGAAAAUGGGGAGG